GAAAGUUCCAGUCAAUCCGCUGCUAUUCUUUGUAUUCGGCUACGUGUUUAUAUCGAUUAUUAUUAAAGUUAUUAUUAAAAGGGAACAUGGAGCGAUGGCAGGGGCGUGUAGCUCUAGUGACCGGGGCGUCCGCGGGCAUCGGUUCGGAGCUGUGCAGAAUCCUAGUGAAGUAUGGCAUGUUAGUGGUGGGAUGCGCGAGAAGCGUGGACAAGAUCAGGGCUAUUGCGGAUGAAGACGCUUUGAAGGAUUCUCCGGGGAAGCUAAUUGCCAUUAAAUGCGACUUGACCAAAGAGUCCGAUAUCCUGUCUUUGUUCGAUGUGAUACGCCAGAAAAUUGGCCGACUCGAUGUCUGCAUCAACAACGCCGGACUCGGCUACGACGCUCCUCUUCUUACGGGAACAACGGAGCAAUUUAAGAAUAUGUUGGACGUGAAUGUGAUGGCUUUGUGCAUCUGUACUCAGCAGGCGGUAAAACUGAUGCAGGAGAAAGGCAUAGAUGAUGGUCAGAUCAUACACAUCAGCAGCAUAGGUGGCCAUUCCAUUCCUCAACGCGGAGGUUGGAUGGGUGCUCAUUUUUAUUGCGGCACCAAAUUCAUGGUUCGAGCCCUCACUGAAGGGCUUAGAAAAGAGAUCAAGGCUCUCAAGAGUCACAUCAGGGUGGCGAGUGUUAGCCCAGGAUUGGUGGAAACGUCAUUUUUUGAUACGUACCUGAAGGAUAAUGCCUCUUUAAAACCAGAAGAUUUGUUCAAGAACCAACCUCUGCGAUCGAAAGACGUCGUCGACACUGUCGUCUACAUCCUGUCAGCCCCUCAGCAUGUCGAAGUUCAUGACGUUAUCAUCUGCCCUUACAACACAAUCUGAAAGAUAUGUGUCUUUUGAAUCCAUAUAUCUGGGUUCUUAGAACUUUUUAGAGGAUUCUGUCAAAGCAAUUUUAAAUAAAAAGCAAUUAUGAUAA